AUGUGCCCCCUCCUGCCGGCGGCCGCGCCCCGAGCCCCGCUCCUCGCGCUCCGGCUCCUCCGCAGCGGGCUCGCCGCCAUGUCUACCGGGGGGCCCCUCAAGUCCGUGGACUACGAGGUGUUCGGGAGAGUGCAGGGUGUCUGCUUCAGAAUGUACACAGAAGGCGAGGCUAAGAAGAUAGGAGUGGUUGGCUGGGUGAAGAAUACCAACAAAGGCACUGUGACAGGUCAGGUGCAAGGCCCUGAGGAGAAAGUCAACUCCAUGAAGUCCUGGCUGAGCAAGGUUGGAAGUCCUAGUUCUCGCAUUGACCGCACGGACUUUUCUAACGAAAAAACCAUCUCUAAACUUGAGUAUUCUAAUUUUAGUAUUCGAUACUAA